ACGUUAUGGUGGGUCUGUGAGUGACUGACUGCUGUGUUCCGCUGUGUUCAAGUGGCAUGUACAUCCACUACCAAUGGUCACACCUAUGCUGCAGACACUUUGAUUUCUUAAGUGACAGUGAUUUGCUACGGGUUGAUGCAGGAAAGGAAUGAAGACUACUUCCAUAACAAACAAAGACUUCAACUUGUUACAUUAUCAGAACAAAGGAGAUUGAAGAAUAUUUAUCACUAAGCAAAGAAAAAUCAUUUGUUUGUUUAUAUGAAUUGAUAAAACAGGUGAAGUGACAUAAUGAGUGAUUGGUCUCCUAUUGCUCUUUGCAGUAUGGCAGAUGUGAGUAGUUUAGUGAGUGAAGGGCAGAACAGCCAUAUUGUGGUGUGUACACAUUGUGAGUCUCGAGUCCUCUCCCCACAGUCUGCUACCCUCCUCAAAAAAUCUUAUCCGCUGCCAAUGCCAACACAACCAAAAAAUCAGCUUUCUACACUUACAGAGGAUCUCAGCGAGUGGUGGGUAGUAGACGACAUGUUCACAUUUGACAACAUUGGAUUCUCACACUCGGUUGGCAGCACAAAAUACCUGGUAUGUGCAGACUGUGAACGAGGACCUGUGGGUUGGCAUGACAACAAUACUAGGAAAAGCUAUGUAGCAUUGACAAGAGUGAAGCAUGCAUAGUUUGAAUGCUUUCUUGAAAUUGUAUAUUUUUGUUAAAAAUAUUGAUUCAUAAAAGUUAGUAACAACAAAUAUGAAAAAUGUCUGUAAUAGUAGUACAGCUGUUCAUAAGAUAAAGUAGGAAGAUCUUGAUUUUAUUAUUAUUUAUAUUACUAUUUUUACAUUGGUCAUUAGUAACAGAUACCAUUUAGUUGUCAGAUUGUCAUGCAGCUUGGGUAUAUUGGGUAUAUGUACUGUAUUGCUUGAAAGUUGUGUUGAUACCUGGCAGUCUGCAUUUUCCUGUGUUUUGGAUGAAAAGUCGAUGAUUUUUACACGUGAUGUUGCAGUGCUCACAUUAUUGCUUUAGGUUGCACAAAUGCUCAUGUGCUUAGGUUUGCUUACUAAGUUUUUUAGCAAAACUAGUAAAAGGAAAUUUUAUAUGUAAAUUUACACACAUUCCACACACUGAUUAUCUGUUGGGAAAAUACUGAGUAUGAUAUAAAGAUGUUUCAGUAUUUUGGUUGUGAUGUCACUUUACAGGAAUGAUGAUUGUGGUCAGUCACAAAACAUUUUGUAAUACUUUUUUGCAAUAAGAAAGCCAGUUUGGAAUGGUAAUAUUUCUGUUGCAUGAAAUGUACAUGCAUAAAACAUUUCAUGACGUCUCUCUCACCUAUGGCUACAUGAAAGUCACAGGUUGAUAAACCAUGAGGUUUCCACUGCAUUUAAAACACAUUAUCAAGGAAUUAUUCAAGAAUUUUUUUUUUUUACAAAUACAGUAGUUGGUCUAGAAAUAAAAACUAGCUAAACUAGUAAUCCUUGGCUAGAUAGGUUAAUAUAUUUGUAGGGAGGUGCUAAAACUAUAGGGGUCAUAGAGUGCCUGGGGAAUGGAAGGCAAUCAGAUUUCAUCCAAGGAAGAUAAAGAUGUACUUCAAAAUCCUUAGAUCAAGAGCCCUUCAUUAUCAAGACCCUGCGCCUCCCCUUGAAGGGCUGGAUGAGUUAACAUGCAGUUGUAUCAACACACUCGCUGGGUAUGCACAAGUGCCUGAAAUAUUAAAAUAUAGCCACUCUAAAUUUUCCACAUACUAAGUUUUUACUUAGCGCUGGCUUUUUUUCCUCUAACAUUUCUCCAUUUGCUCUGGAGAUUCCUUGACUAUAACUCACCCAGUCACAUGAUGGGGAAUAUCUUUAAUAAUUGCUCAAAUACGAAUAGCUACUCAAAUAAUUAGUCACUAAAAAUCUCAAUACCCUUUGCAGCUUUAUCUAUUUAUUCAAAUAAAUGAUUAUUAAUGGAAAUGUUACCUUAAAAUGUUUAACUUUAAAAGACCCUGUUCAUAUGCUUAGUUUAUAUGCAGUACAUCUCAUGUACUGUACAAUAUUUAUUAUAUACAGUAUAUGAUCUUUUUUGUGCCUUCUAACUGUGUUAAGUAUCCCAAGACAUUAUUAGCAAUAAAUUUAUAGCUUCAUUGUGGUUUCCAAACUAUGAUUAUACAGUAAUAAUAAAAUUAUGAUAUACAGCAUUAAAUCAUAAUUUAAUUGCUGGUAUCAACUGUUAUCUUGCAGUUGUUGUUCUUAGGGAGCUCUUUGUACUUAAAUUCAUGGCAGUCAGGGAGUUUCAUUCAAGUAAUCUGCUGUACACAUCUUGAUGUCAUAGUGUGGAUGUCAUUAUGCCAACAAUCAUUUGGUAUAUUAAACAUAUACUGAUAUUGGUAACCUGAGUGAAGGAAUGAAAUGUUUGUAUACUUUAAAAAUAUAUUCUUACUGGGUAAUAACUAUAUAAAUUGCUUGAAAUUUCUGAAUCAAUUGCAUUUCAAAAUAUACAGCAGUGGCCAUAUAUCCACAAGAAUGUGCAGCAGCAGUCAUGAUUUUUUAAAAUUUUACCGACUUUUAUUUUUAGAAAUGUUUAAGCUUUCGAAAAUGUAAUUGAAUAUCAUGUAAUAGCAUUUUAACAUUUGAAAAAGAUUAACUGCUAUUUAAAUAAGCUCACUGUGAAGUCAAAAUAGAGCAGCAAAUAAGCUGUAAUAUUCCCUAUGAUGAACACUGCAUGUAUCCAAAGGUUGUGUUGUAGGUUUAAACUAAUUUUUUACUGCUUUUUUUUUUUUUUUUUACUAUUCUGUCAGUAGAAAUAAAGGUUAGGAUUAACAGUGCUAGAGUAUGUAUAUAAAAUUAGAGGUAAUAUUUCAUUACAGGAGGUUCCCAGCUUACAGAUGAGCUGUGUUCCUGAGUUUCAACUUACUAAUGAUGUGGUUGUAACCCUGAAUUGAUUGUCCUGUAGCAAAUGACAAAAGUAUGGUUAUGUCUCAUACACAUUUGUAACUAAAAAUCAUAAUUCAUAAAAAAUUAUUUUCUCAGCAUUAUAUUUUUGGAUCUUGUUUAUUAAUGGUUCAUUGUAUCUCAGGCAUUCCUAAAUCAGGGGCCUUCUGUUUGGAAAUAAUUAUGUAAGCAUACUUAUAUACAGUCAAAGACACUAGAAAUGAGUUAAAAGUUUUCACUGGUUCUGUAUAUCCAUCUAUGGUGGCUUGGUUUCAGUGGCUUAAAAAAUACCAGAGAUUGUACAAGAAUUUUUAGUGUGAUGCAUCUUUAAUAAAGAAUACCCAGUAUGAAAA